AUGGAGCCUAACCAGCCCCCUGGUGAAAAUUAUGCCAAUCCUAAGACAUGUUUCUUUCAUGUUCUCUUCAAGGCUGGAGCUUUGGCAUUUUACAUCCUUUCUACUCUGUUUUUUAAUAGCUUUGUCAUCAUUUUUGUGGUGACUGUGCUUCUUGCUGCUCUUGAUUUUUGGGUGGUCAAGAAUGUGAGUGGUCGGAUUUUAGUUGGCCUCAGGUGGUGGAAUGAGAUAAAUGACCUGGGUGAGAGUGUGUGGAAAUUCGAAUCCCUUGACCAAGAGUCAUUGGCCCGGAUGAACAAGAAAGACUCAUGGCUGUUCUGGUGGAGUCUUUACCUAACAGCGGGCGCCUGGAUUGUUCUUGGAAUUUUCUCUCUCAUAAGAUUCCAAGCAGAUUACUGCCUCAUUGUUGGAGUAUGCUUGACUCUCAGCAUUGCAAACAUAGUUGGCUUCACCAAAUGUCGCAAAGAUGCUAAGAAGCAGUUCCAGCAGUUCGCAUCCCAGACCAUUGCCUCUCGAGUCUCAUCUACCAUACAGUCGGCAUUCAGUGUUUAUACAAACUGGGCAGUGUUGAGCCGGCUGAUUCUUUGUAAUUCUGUAGGAUACAGUAUAGCUGUUUUGUUGACCUCUCAGACACCAAAUGGUUUGUAA